AUGCCCAAGUCUACCGGUCCCCUCCAAGAACAACUCGGCCUCGGCACUGCCAACCAAUCCACACCAAACAACAUGACCGACAACACCACCGGAAUGGCUGACAAGCUCGGCGCAAACAAGGACACCAAUGCUAUCCCUAGCCAGAACCCUAGUGUGAUUAGCUCAGCGGGUGCCAUCGGAAAGCAGUUCAAUCCCGAUGGCGCAAUUGGCCAGAUUGGCGAGAAGGUCGGAGGACCAUUCAGCAAGGACGGCGUCAUUGGAAGCCAGUUCGAUGCGAGCAAGAAUGGUAUCGCUGGACACGUCGAGAGGGCUGUCGAUGGACCAAGCAACCCUGCUGGAAGCUCAAAGUAA